UCGUUAAAACUUUUUCCGGUCCAAACACCAAGUCUAGCACGACAGUUAUGCUCUCAAAUCUCGCCUAAACUGUGUCGCCGGAAUUCCAUAACGGUCACUUCCCCGGUCACUUUCUCUCGUCGAAACUUGUAUUAAAACCGAAUAAUUGGUUUCAAUUGCAAGUUGCUGUGCUAAAUCAACGCUUUCGCCAACUCAACUUCGCUUUGCUUUAGCAUAAACUAUAAUUUUGAGGUUUAAGCACGAGUUUAUUAUGGUGGAGCAUUCUGAGAAUUAGGGUUUCUGAAGUGACUUGGAAGAAUGAAAUGUUGUCAACUGGAAUUUUUGUGUAAGCAAUGGUAGCUGCAGUAUCAACUACAAUUAACAAUUCCAAGCCAACUAGCCAAAAUCGUGCCAGGCCACCUCUCUUACCUUCAGACUCCGACAAUGCUCUUGCAAAUCGACGGCCAAAAUCGCGAGAAGUCACUUCUCGCUAUCUUUCUUCCUCCUCGUCUUCGUCCUCUUCCACUUCAUGUACAACAUCGAGACGUUGCCCAUCACCGUUAGUUUCAAGAGCAGCUUCAUCGACGGCCAUGAUGACUCCAAUUCCCUCAUCUCACUCUACAAUCAAACGGUCCCAAUCAGUAGAGCGGAGGCGGCCGGUAACUCCUCGUCCAAAUAGUAAUAAUCCUUCUCUAGAUUUGAGAACUGGCGAAAUAUCCGCGGCGCAAAAAAUGUUGUUCACUUCGACGAGGAGUUUGUCGGUGUCUUUUCAAGGGGAGUCGUUUUCGCUUCAGGUAAGUAAAGCUAAACCAGCACCGUCUCCAUCGCCAAUUAUUACCGUAAGGAAAGGCACGCCGGAGAGAAGGAAAGCGGUUACGCCAGCGAGAGGAACCGUGGAUCAUACGGAGAAUUCAAAACCAGAGCGCUGGCCUGGGAGAUUAAGGCUGCCAAAUUCCAUGAGUAGAAGCGUGGAUUUUACAGACGAGAGAAAGCAAUUGAGUGGUGGAUCUGGAGGCAAUGUAGUUAGGGCAUUACAGAAUUCUAUGGUUGAUAAUAACAACAGGACCUUAUUUGAAACGAGAUUGAGCACUGAUUCGGCAAAUGCCUUGCUGGAGAGGAUACAAAUGCAGAAGAAGAAAGACGACGUCCUUAACGGAUCUGAUGUUCGGUUUGAUCUUGUAGCUUCUGACACCGAGAGUGUGUCUUCUGGUACCAAUUCCGAAUCUCAUGAAAGUAACGGUGUUGCUACUCAAGGGCAGCGUGGUCCACGUGGGAUUGUAGUGCCAGCCAGGUUCUGGCAUGAGACUAAUAACAGAUUGCGGCGCCAGACUGACCCUGUUUCUCCUGUAUCUAAGAAUAAUGGACUCAAAAGCUCUUCUACACCAAAGCUUGUUGCGACCAAGAAGUUUGGUAUUGAUAAUCCUGUGUUGUCCCCCAAAGGCGUUCUUAACACCAGAGGACAGGUAUCGCCUCUUAGAGGUGCAAUUAGGCCUGCCUCGCCAAGUAAGGUAGCAACUUCUGCCACUUCUUCUCCUAUGCGGGGAGCGAGCCCUUCCAGAAUAAGGAAUCUGGCGGCGGUUGGAGUGAGUAGUAAUUUGAGCAAUGUGAAUAACACACCUUCUAUUUUGAGUUUUGCUGCUGAUGUGAGGAGGGGGAAGAUUGGGGAAAAUCGGGUUGUUGAUGCACAUUUGCUGAGGUUAUUUUAUAAUCGGUUGUUGCAAUGGCGGUUUGCAAAUGCCAGAGCUGAUACUGCUCUGUCUGCCCAAAGUUGGAACGCAGAGAAAAGCCUUUACAAUGCAUGGAUAAGUAUGUCAAAGCUGCGCGAAUCUGUUAGAGCCAAAAGAAUCGAGUUGCAGUUGCUACGGCAAAAUUUGAAGCUAGCAUCCAUCCUCAAGGGACAGAUGAUGUAUUUGGAAGAAUCAUCGCUUAUGGAACGGGAUUACUCCGGUUCUUUGUUGGGGGCUAUUGAAGCUUUGAGGGCUAGUACACUUCGCCUUCCUGUUGUUGGAGGGGCAAGAGCUGAUGUCCAAAACGUGAAGGAUGCUAUUUCCUCAGCAGUUGAUGUGAUGCAGGCAAUGGCUUCCUCAAUAUGCUUAUUGUUAUCAAAGGCCGGGGAAGUUAAUUCUUUGGUGACUGAACUUGCCAGUGUAAGUGCAAAAGAACAUGCUUUGCUUAGUCACUGCAAAGAUCUCUUGUCAGCAAUUGCAGCCAUGCAGGUGAAGGAAUGUAGUAUGAGAACACAUAUCUUACAACUGGAACGUAUACCUUCAAGCCUGACAACCAAAUUGUAAAGCUUACAUACUAACGUGACUUAAAAACCCCCAUUUGUCCUUGGAAUUACGGAUCCGGAGCCAAUAAGGUAUUGAGUGAUUGUUGUGGCUUUUAAAAAGCAGAAGAGUGCUUAUCUGACCUUUGUUCUCACACUUCAAAGGUUAACUAUAUUAGGUAUAUUUUGUUUGCAUAGGUUGCGGUCUUUCUCAUAGUCAAAAUUUGUAUACAUUUUACCUUUUUUCUAUAGGCCACAGGAGAAAGUAUAUGUAAAUAUGUGUAAUGAUUUCCACUAAUUUUCUAUUAUUCAAUGGUUAUUGUCAAUGCAUAAA